GGAUCAGGAAGAACAAUCUUUUCUUGGCACCUACCAACUCUUUCCCCCGAUCGAUCACGAGCCAUAAAAGCUCGAAUUUAAGUUACAAUGCAAGCUCCUAAAGAGGUUUCAUUGUAUUGUGCAAGUAUAAAGAAAACUCUGAGGUGUAUUUGGCUAUUGCUCAUUUGAUUGAAUUUGAAGUUAAAAGGGUGUGAUUGCAUUUGAAACUUCAUCAGUCGUAGAAGGUUAAGAAGAACAUUUGAGCAUUGGGUUUUUGAAGUCUGAUUGAAUAGAAUAAAUUUUGGGGCUUUGAUUGCAUAUAAAUAUUACAACUAAAAAAAAUAAAUGGUUGAAAUGCCAAGCUUAGUGUUGGAUUUUGGUUUCUAGAAGGAAGGAAUGGUGUCUUGAAAGUUCUGUUUUGAGGAUUUCAUUUCUAUGCAUUUGUUGUAAGCAAAAGAUGUAUAGCAAUUUUAAGGAGCAUGCGAUAGCGUAUGUGAAGCAAGCAGUUAAAGAAGAUGACGAUGGAAACUAUAGUAAGGCAUUUCCCCUCUAUAUGAAUGCAUUAGAGUACUUCAGGACCCAUUUGAAGUAUGAGAAGAAUCCAAAGAUUAAGGAAGCGAUUACUCAGAAGGUUAUGGAAUAUUUGAGGAGGGCAGAGGAGAUAAGGGCCAUUCUUGAUUGUGGAGGAAAUGGGCCUAAUGGUGAUGUAGCAGCUGCUACGCAACCAAAGACAAAGUCGAAGGGUGGAGAAGGGAAAGAAGGGAACGAUCCGGAGCUAGCAAAGCUCCGGGCUGGCCUUGAUUCUGCGAUAAUUAGGGAGAAACCGAAUGUGAAGUGGAGUGACGUGGCUGGUCUUGAGAGUGCCAAACAGGCAUUGCAAGAGGCUGUCAUACUGCCUGUUAAGUUUCCCCAGUUUUUUACUGGGAAGAGACGACCAUGGAGGGCUUUUCUACUAUAUGGUCCACCUGGAACAGGGAAGUCCUAUUUAGCAAAGGCCGUUGCAACAGAAGCAGACUCAACUUUCUUCAGUAUUUCUUCAUCAGACCUUGUUUCAAAAUGGAUGGGUGAAAGUGAAAAGCUAGUCUCGAAUCUUUUCCAAAUGGCUCGUGAUAGUGCUCCUUCCAUAAUCUUCAUUGACGAAAUUGAUUCCUUAUGUGGUCAACGGGGUGAAGGCAAUGAGAGUGAAGCAUCUCGACGUAUCAAAACGGAAUUGCUUGUACAGAUGCAGGGUGUAGGCCAUGAUGAUGAGAAAGUUUUGGUUCUUGCAGCCACAAAUACACCUUAUGCUUUGGAUCAGGCCAUCCGGCGUCGUUUUGAUAAGCGAAUAUAUAUCCCUCUUCCAGAUUUGAAGGCAAGGCAGCACAUGUUUAAGGUGCAUCUUGGGGACACUCCUCAUAACUUAACUGAAAGUGAUUUUGAGCAUUUGGCCUACAAAACAGAAGGGUUUUCAGGUUCAGAUAUAUCAGUUUGUGUUAAGGAUGUACUAUUUGAACCUGUUCGUAAAACCAGUGAUGCUAAAUUCUUCACAAAUACCUCUAAUGGCAUGUGGAUCCCUUGUGAACCUUCUCAACCGGGAGCUGUUCAGAUUACCUUGCCGGAACUUGAUGCCCAAGGCCUAGCUUCAAAGAUCCAGCCACCACCAAUCACAAGAACAGAUUUUGAUAAAGUGCUUGCUAGACAGAAGCCAACUGUAAGUAAAGCAGACCUUGAGGUGCAUGAGAGAUUCACUAUGGAGUUUGGGGAGGAAGGCUGAUUGCUUUAAUCAGUUGAAAAAAGGACUGAUUAACUAUCGGUACAGGUAAUGUAUGUCAUAUAGAUAUCCUUAUAGAUUAUAAAUAGGAAAUUCAGUAAGGUUAAGAGAACAACGUCCGCUAUACUUCAAAUGUUAAUAAUCUCAUCCAUUUUUCGUUUCCAUUUUGGGUAUCCAUCGCCUUCUAGUUAGCCACUAAAUAUCAUAAUGAAAUUUUCCGGAGUUAUGAAAAAACUAAUAUUUCUCCAUGUUGUGAGAGAAAUUAUGAACUUUCACA